AUGGAGCGAGCCACAGCUAAUAUUCUCCUUCUCUUCGUUUUCCUGUACGCUCUAGUCUCUUCUUCGAGUGCUGCACCACCGCCGUGGCCAGGUACUUCCCAAUACCAAGAUAGGACAAAUGGAAUUGCCGCAUCUAUCGAUCAUGGCCUUGUCGCACGGCAGCCAGGGCUCCGCGUGAUGUUUGUGGGCGAUUCGAUGACGCAGGGCAAGCACGGCGACUGCACCUGGCGCUAUCGAAUGUGGCAGUGGUUUCAAAAUCAGGGUGUAGCCGUCACCUUUGUAGGACCGUAUACAGGCACAGUUGAGCCUGACCAGCCAGCACCGCCAUACGGAUCCAGCGCGACUCCAGUAGCACCCAUCAAGACCAGUGGUGGAUACGCCCUCGACGUCUCCCCUGACUUUGACCGUCAUCAUUUCGCCGUCUGGGGUCGUGCGGCAGCUAUUAGUAAAGAUCUCAUCCACGACGUUCUAUCCGCCCACCCAGCGGAUAUGAUGCUGCUGAUGCUCGGUUUUAAUGAUCUUGGAUGGCUUUUUAGCCAGCCAAUCGACGCUUUGGGCUCCCUUUACGCAUUAAUUAACAAUGCACGUAAGGCGAAUCCCAACCUCAAGUUUGCUAUUGCAAAUGUUCCGCAGCGUAGUUUCAUCGGCCGCGAAGACCUACCGGUCACUACACAGCAAUAUAAUUCGCUUCUGCGUGAUGCACUGCCACAAUGGAGCACUGAGCAGUCGCCCAUCCACCUGGUUGAACUGCAGGAAAACUACAGCUGUGGGAUGGCUGCUUGUGAAGCUGGGUACGAUGGUCUUCACCCGAAUGCCCAGGGUGAAUAUCAGAUCGCACACGCCUUUACCCUCACUUUGGUCAAUGAUUUCAAGAUAGGAUCUUCACCACUAAUGGUUCCUUUGAACUCUAGAGGCGGAUUUUAG